AUGGCGAAAGCAGAAGGCGCGUUGCGCGCAUUUAGUGGCCAGGAGGACUUGGAAGAGUUCUGGCAGAAGUUCCAGGUCGUGGGAAAAAUUCAGAAAUGGAGCACAGGCAAGGAGCGAAUGGCGCAUGUGCCUCUGUAUCUAUCUGGCGAUGCCUUUACGGUGUGGAGACAAAUGGCUACUGCGGAUCAGGAGGACGAGGAUAAGGUGAAGGCACGGCUUGAGGAGUCGUUCGCCUGCUCGUCGAGGGAGGCGUACUCCCAGUUUGUGCGACGUCGGAAGCGGGAAGAUGAAACUGUUGAUGUUUAUGCAUCUGACUUGCGCCUUUUGUUGACGCGUAGUGGCCACAAGGAAGCAGCAGAUGGAAAAGACCCGGUGCUCGUCGAGCAGUUCUUGUCAGGUCUGCCUCGUCAAUUUGCAAAUCAGCUGCGCCUCAGUGCGGCGGCUAGUGGGGAUCCCACGAUGACACAGCUGACGAAGCAAGCACGUGCUCUCCUUCCAGUGGCGGAUGAGCCUGGUGUCAGCGCGUCUGCCGUAGGACCUGAGCCAGGAGACAGCAGAGUAUGCUACCUGUGCGGAGAAACUGGCCACCUGAGGAGGGACUGCCCCAAGAAGAAGAAGGUGCAGUGUUUCAGAUGUAAGCGAUUUGGUCACAUCAAGAGGCACUGUCCUGAGGCCAAAUCCGAAGGACAAGUGAGUGGCAGGACUCCUGGUGCAGGUGCCAAUGCAUUUGCAGUAUCACCAGAUGUCGCUGCUGCAGAGUGCGAAGAUGAUGCAUGUCUUGCCCUCGUUGCCAGGCGUCGUGGUGGCCUGCCGAAAGUCUUCGUGUCGGUCAAUGGAGAGCAGACCAGGCUGAAGGCAGCCAUUGACUCUUGCUCGAGUCGCUCCCUAGUGUCUUCUGCUGCGGUGCGUACACUGUCUGUGCCUGUCUGCAAGCCGUCGGGUGAGGACAUGAUCACGGCUAUUAACGGCAACUCACUCGAUAUCACUGGCACUGUGGAGCUGACUGUCUCCCGUGAUGACAACAAUGUGUACCUGCCGAAAAUCAAGGCCAAGUUUCUGGUAGUUGAUUCUCUGGACGUGGUUCGCUCUGACAUGCUGAUUGGUCUUGAUGUGAUCUCAUCGGCCGGUGGUGUUGCUCUGGAGUAUUCAGAGAGUGACGGCCAGCUAACUGGUGCUGUGUUCGGAACGAGGCCAGUCGUGGCUGCAGUCGAGAGUAAGAUCAGCAAUGAAGAGCACUUGCCACGCCACGUUCAGGUCCGACAGGAUGGAGACAAGGUCACGUUGGAGAUGAGUGACUGUGAAGUGAUGUUCGACCCCGAGAAAGGCUUCUGGGAAGUCACUUGGAAAUGGUGCGACGGAGCUGCUCCAAGUUCACCUAUCGGUACAGGCAUCGGCGAGUAUUCCCGCCAAGGAUUAUCGGAUGAUCAGGAGGUGAAGUUCGUCACCGAGGUCCAAAACUGGAUUGAUCAAGGAUGGCUAGUUCCUUAUGACGAAGGCUCGCACGGCGAGAUUGGCGGUGUUUUGCCUCUGCUGGCAGUGUGUCAAGAGCACAAAGUGUCCACUCCGGUCCGCCCCUGUCUGGAUUAUCGCGCGCUGAACAGUCUCAUUGUGUCUCAUCCGGGCCUGGAUGCACCAGCAUGUGAAGAGAAGCUUCGGAAAUGGCGCCAGUGCGGCGAUGCUAUGGAUAUCCUGGAUAUUCGGAAGGCCUUCCUGAACGUGCGUGUACAGCCUGCCUUGCAGCGGUUUCAGGUGGUGGCUUGGAAAGGUCAGAAGUUUGUCAUGCAGCGCAUGGGGUUCGGCCUUUCAAUCGCACCAAAAGUCAUGGAUGCUAUUGUCCGGUGGGUUACGAAGGACUUUCCGGCAACUGACAACUAUGUGGAUGACAUCCUGACACCACGCCAUCAGACCAAGGAGCUGGCUGCCUCUCUGCAACGGUAUGGUCUACCAACGAAGCCGCCUGUGAAGCUUGAGGAGGCGUGCGUGCUUGGCCUGAAGAUUGAUGCUGAGGGAGACCAGCUGUGA